AUGAACUCUGAGAAAACAAAGGGGAUAGUAAAGAAGGAGAUUAUUGUUCUCCUUGCUGAAAAAAAUGCCAAUGACAAACAGAAACUUCUCAAAUCUUUUAAGGAUUUAGAUAAUUAUUACCAAAAAAAUGAGAUUGAGAAAAUAGAUUAUAAUCCUAGCUACUUUACUGUAGAAAUUAGAAUUACCUUAACUAGUUAUUUUGUGGAUAAUCACAAUACUUCCUUAUCUCGGCAACAACUAGGGAGUAUGAUUAGUAGAUUACAAAGUGAACUAAAAGAAGAAAAGAAACCCACUAAUUACAUGCCUUAUAUUUUGGGAGGAAUAGGAGUUGUGUUAGUUAUAGUAGUAAUAGCAGUUGUUUACUUACUGGGGAAAAGAUUAAAAGAUUCUUUUUACAGUAAUAAAAAAGUAAGAUAUAUCUCUGAAAUAGCAGGUCGAUUAGAACUUUCGAUAAACGAGAAUCAACCAAAUAAAUUCUUUCAAGAUUUUAGCCAAAAUAUUUAUAAGUUUGAACUUCCUGAGUUAGUUAAGUUUGAAGAACCCUUAGAGAAAGAA